CUUAACCUUAAAUUCGACCCCCCCUUGUAAAGCCGGCGAUAACCCGAACCGUCUAUCAAAAAAAGCUUCCCGCAGGGCCACCCGCAUCGUUCUCUCACGCCACGAACAGUACUAAAGAGUUUCAAAAGUCCAAACUAUGGACUCCCCGAUCGUGACCCAACUCUUUCGCCAGUUGUUCAGGCAUCCAGCUUGUCAAUCGAGGAGGAACCUUGCCACGUUGUCUUCCUGUCUUCGAUAUGGACGACGAAUCCAUCAGCUUCAACAUGAGCAAAGGCGGCACAAGGCCACUCGGCCGCACGUAGUCAGAGGAGCUAAGAAAGGAUUGCCGGAUAAGGAGAGGCACUGGCAACAGAGAAACGACUUAUUUUCAAUCGACAUGUCGGACGAAUAUAAAGCCUUUCCGGCAGUAACGGCGAAUGGUCUAAGGUCAAAGUCGGAACGUCCGCGGCAGGUCAAAAUGCUCAUGCGGGACUUCAUUGAAGAUAGCCUGUAUAAUCCAAACUAUGGCUACUUCUCCAAACAAGUUGUCAUUUUCACACCCGGCGAGCCUUUCGAUUUCAACGCUAUAGCAGACGAACCGGGUUUUUACUCUGAGCUAGGGAGGCGGUAUACCGAAUUCGAAGAUGCGUUAGAUGCUAAGGACAAGCAAGUAAACGACACGCGACAAAUAUGGCAUACCCCUACAGAGCUUUUCCGCCCUUACUACGGCGAAGCGAUCGCGAGAUACCUCAUGUCGAACUACCUCAUGUCCACGUACCCCUACCACGACCUCAUCAUCUACGAAAUGGGAGCCGGUCGCGGAACCCUCAUGCUCAAUAUCCUAGACUACAUCCGCGACAUCGAGCCCGCCGUAUACGACCGCACAAAGUUCAAAAUCAUCGAAAUCUCGCCCUCGCUCGCGGCCCUCCAAAACUCGCAACUACUGUCAACUGCCGCUACCAGGGGUCACGCUAACAAAGUCGAGAUUAUAAACAAGUCCAUCUUCGACUGGAACGAGCGCGUGCCAUCCCCGUGCUUCUUCCUAGCCAUGGAAGUCUUCGACAACUUCGCGCACGACGUCCUGCGCUACGAUCUCGACACGGAGGAGCCGCUACAAGGCACCGUAAUGAUCGACGCGCAGGGCGAUUUCUACGAGUUCUACGAGCCGACGCUCGACCCCGUCGCAGCGCGGUACCUGCGCGUGCGCCACGCCGCCACGCAGGGCCUCUACCGGGUGCCGUACCCGACAUCGCGCGCGGCCCGCUGGGUAAAGAAGCAGCUCCCCUUCGCCCCCAACCUGUCCGAGCCGGAGUACAUCCCCACGCGACUGAUGCAAUUCUUCGACAUCCUCGAGAAAUACUUCCCCGCCCACCGCCUGCUCACCAGCGACUUCCACACCCUCCCCGACGCCGUCAAGGGCCUCAACGCCCCCGUCGUCCAGACCCGUUUCCAGCGCCGCAUGGUCCCCGUCUCCACCCCGCUCGUGCAUCAAGGCUACUUCGACAUCCUGUUCCCCACGGACUUCCGCGUCGUCGAGGCCGUGUACCGCGCUAUCACGGGGAAACUCACGCGGGUUUUGAGCCAUGAGCAGUUCAUGACGAGUUGGGCGUAUGUGGAAGAUACCAGGACGCGCAGCGGGGAGAACCCUUUGUUGAGCUGGUAUCGGAAUGCUAGUGUUUUGGUUACUGUGUAGUAAGGACGGCGGCUUUGGUGCGUGAUGGGGACUUGGGGCUUGGGACUUGGGUAAAAAGCAUGGGGAUGGUGUUAUGGUGUCAGUAGAUAUGGACGCAUAGGAGCGGAAGCGGGUAUAUCGACGGUGGCAUAUGUGUUUGUUCAUACCUACCUAGGUAGUUACUUACAUAGUAUACGUAUACCUGCGUGCCCGAGGUGUAUAAACCGCUGGGCGAAAGCCUCUGCGAUAGUAGAAAUAAAAAAAAGCGUACCUACCUA